AUGGCUGGUGGUAAUGAUGAUGGUUUUAAUCGGGAAGUCGUUAAUAUCGGCUCUGAUGAUGAAUUGAUCGAAGAUGUUGAAGAGGAUGGUUCAACUGAGGGGGAAGAAGAUUCUCCGAUAUUGACUUUGCAUCGAGUGAGUGAAUCUUUUGAAUCAUCAUCGGGAAAGCAACAAGAAACAGCAACAGUAACAUCGGAGCUUGUCUAUGGCAAUAAUAUUACAAAUGAAACAAGCAAUAUUCACCAAAAUACUUCUUCCUCCGAAAUGGACACUACUCUCAUACAGUCACAAACGACGGACAAUACUGGAUUAGAUGAUCCAGGGCUUGGACUAACUCAACCUCAAGAAUUUAUUCAUGAAACCACGCAAACAACACACGAGAUUAUUAGUAUCGAAUCAGAUGAGGAAAGAGAUGUCGUGAUGAUGGACUCUUCGAAGUCAAUAACAACGCAAAAUUUGGAUAGCACAAAAGCGACUCGAAUGACAACGCAAAAUUUGGAUAGCACAAAAGAAACACCUCACCGUUCCUCAUCUUCUCGUUUUCAUGAACAUAAUCAGUCUUUGAUAAUUCAUACUGAUUCUAGUAAUAUUUCCGGAGAAACACUGUCAGAACAACAAAUGAUUCAUCUGUUAGAAUCUAGAUAUCAAAAAGUUGUUAAGAUAUCGGGAAAAUACUUGAGAGACCCCAUAUGGGAAGUUUUACUCAAGGAAACUGGUGAAAAAAGAGCUGUCGAAUGCGUGUCAACAGUACCUUCACUUGCCUUGGACCUUACAAAGAAAAUUGCUGAGCUGAGCCAUCCACACAUAGUUCCAAUGCGCCCUCCAUUCGUACUUGGCAAUUGUUUUUGCAUUGAAAUGGACUAUAUGGAACAUGGAAGCUUAAAAGAGUGCUUUGACAGAUUUGAAAAAGCGCCUUCUGAAAAGAUGUUACGUUCAUUGAUUCUACAAGUGUCAAGUGCAUUGCAAUACAUACAUUCCAAGAAUAUGAUUCAUACAAAUAUCAACCCCAAUAGCAUUUUAGUCAAAAGUAUUAAUUUUAUGACUGACGAAAUUCAUGUGUGUCUCUCUGGCUUUGGUUUUGCGAAAAUUAUGAAUUCAUCUCCAGAAUUUAAGAGUAGUGAGUUUAGUUUUCUUUCACCUGCAUCCGAUGUGCUUUCAUUUGGGGCCACUUUGUAUAAGCUAAUGACGGGAGGAGGUAGCAUAGUUUCAGACCCAGAACAAUUACUGCAAACCUUUCACAGUUUACAACGAGCCAAUUAUGACGAACUAUUACACAAAUGUGUGGCACAAAUGAUUCAUCCAGAUCCAACAAAAAGAUUGCCAUUGGAGGAAUUACAAAAAUUAUUGGAGACGCCAACCAGAUCAUCAAAUCAUGGCGCUGACGGCCAGCAAACCAUCACGCCAUCAAAGACAAGGAAUUAUUCGUUUUUACAAGUAGCUGCUGAAGAAUUCGCAAAACAGAACCGAUUUCUCUCAGACUCUACCACGAGUAGCCAGGUAGCACGACCUAUCAGGACCAAAAUUACAGUCAGUCAUGUAGCAUCUCCAACCCAAAACAUCACCAGCACACAACAAAAGCAAAUCUCCAACGAAAAUGUUGUUUCAUCUCAAACGUCGAUCAGUGGUAUUAGUGGAAAUUCCAAAUCAACAACAGAAAGAGUUGGCAGUGAAGACUUUUCAGGUUCUGAAGAAUUAGUUGUCUCACGAGAUACAUCUUUUUUGGUAAAAUCACGCAAGUACAGAAAAUCCAAAACUUCUUCCAACAUAUCAAGUAGUAGCAGUUCAGCUGAUACGAGUAUGAGGCCACCAGCGAGAACCAAGUUAUUAACUUCUCCUCCAAAGGCGACUAGUAGCAAAAAUAGUCAAAAGCAAGCAACUGUAAGAGCUUCUCCUACCUCAAAAAAAGCUACUACUGUGCAGGACAAAUCUGUGACAUCCUCUUCAUCUCAAUUAACAAGUCCACCACAGCAAACAGUAGCUUCCAAAGCGACAUCCUUGACCCCCUAUAGAUUUGCAAAUUUGGACAUAGGCCUCAUUGACAUGAUCAUGGAUCCAAAAUUAACAAGCUCACAAUUUGAGCUCAUUGAAAAGGAGUUUUAUGAGAUAUUUCAUCUCGUUAAAGUGGAAAAGCUGUCAAAUCUCGUUGAUGAGAUUAUUGCAGAGGAUAUGAAACGAAGAACACCUAAACGGUAG